UGUAAUUUUGUGACGUUUAUUAGUAAAAAUGACUAAUUAAUUAAGUAAUUUACAAAAAUAUGACCAAGGCACAUUAUUAUUUCGACUUAUAAUUGGAAGGCUCUCAAAAGAAAUAUUUAAAAACUUUAUCGGUUUUGUUUAGUAAUUAUGGGGCAGACGCUAUCGGAACCGGUCACAGCGAAAGACACAGCUUGCUGCCAAAACUCUGAGUUCCGUGUCGGUUCUAGCUGCAUGCAAGGAUGGCGAGUAACAAUGGAAGACGCUCACACACACAUUCUAUCUCUACCCGAUGACCCCGGUAGCGCAUUCUUUGCAGUCUACGACGGUCACGGUGGGCCCAAAAUAUCAGAUUACGCCGGAAAGCAUCUGCAUAAGUACAUAACGCAAAGAAAUGAAUACAAAGAGGGCAACAUUAUUGAUGCGAUGAAACAGGCGUUUUUGGAAAUGGACGAGGUGAUGCAAAAUGAGGAGACUCUAAAGCACGAACAGGCCGGCACCACGGCAAUCGCGAUGGUAAUACGGGAGAGUCGUUUAUUUUGCGCAAAUGUCGGCGAUUCCAGAGCGGUUGCGAGCAUAAAAGGUGUCGCCGAACCCCUCUCGAAUGACCACAAACCGUACUUGCAAGAAGAGUUCGAUCGAAUCACUGCCGCAGGCGGUUGGGUCGAUUGCAAUCGGGUUAAUGGGAAUUUGGCACUCUCGAGAGCACUGGGUGAUUUUAUUUUUAAGCGAAACGAUAAAAUGAAGCCGGAAGAGCAAAUGGUUACUGCGUAUCCAGAUGUACUAGUUCGUACUAUUACGCCCGAUUGGGAGUUCAUUGUGUUAGCAUGCGAUGGAAUAUGGGAUGUGAUGACAAAUGAGGAGGUGAUUUCGUUUGUACGACAGAAUAUCGCCGCCGGUGUUGAACCUGAGGAGAUCUGUGAAUCGAUAAUGAUGCAGUGCCUAGCGCCGGAUUGUCAAAUGGCCGGGCUGGGAUGUGAUAAUAUGACUGUUGUUAUAGUUUGUUUAUUACAAGGGAAGUCCUAUGAGGAUUUAAUGGUCAAAUGUGCUAUUCCUGCGGUGACGGAAGAUUCGGCAUUAAAAUGUAGUGAAACAGAAAAUAUUAACGACUCAGAAGCUGUAUAACAUCUGUGGUAUAUUCUAGCAGUGUAAAUCGAUAAAUAUAUUUUUCAUAAAAGUUUCUAGUAAAACUCAAAUUUGAGUUUCCUGAAAUAAAAAUUGUGUAAAUAAAUAGGUGAUGUAAAUAAUAGUACUAAGAAAGUUAGCCUGUAAGAGUGUUUCAAGCCAAAAGUGUAGGUUCCUUUGUAAUUAACACCAAGGUAGACCAAUUGUUAUAGAAGUUAUUUUUAGAACAUUUUUUGUUUUCUCUGGAAUUUCCUCAAAAUAUUGGAAUGGUAGUAUUUCACGAAGAAUUUGCCUUUAACAAUGUAAAUAAAAUACCUGACCAAUAUUAUCCUUGUGAAAUGGGCAUUUUGAAGACAAGUUGGCAAUUUUUGAAUGCACAUAUUGAUCUUAUAUUUAUGAUUAUUCAAAAAUAUAUUAUCUGGACAUGAA